UCCAAUUACUGUCCAAACCUCACCUAAAGACCAAAUUCUAGUCUGUUGUCUUUUCCCGUUAUCGGAGGAACAGACCCUUCAUCCAUGGCGGCGAAGAAAAACGGUGCUCUCUCUCUGUGUUUUGAGGUUCUUUGCCUAUGCAUGUUAUCGGUGGUGUUGAUCGAGGGGAGAGUAGUGCCUCUAUUGCAGAGCUAUCAUAAAUCCGGUUUUCGAUCGACGUUUCGUGUGCUAUAUGAUACUUCUAAGUACGGUAUUCUCCAACUCAACAACGGCUUGGCUCUGACGCCUCCCAUGGGAUGGAAUAGCUGGAAUUUCUUUGCCUGCAAUAUCAACGAGACAGUCAUCAAGGAAACAGCUGAUGCACUUAUCUCAACUGGUUUGGCUGAUCUAGGUUAUGUGCACGUCAAUAUAGAUGAUUGCUGGUCUUCAUCAAAGAGGAAUUCAGAGAAUCAAUUGGUCCCUGAUCCAAAAACUUUUCCGUCGGGAAUUAAAGAUCUUGCUGAUUAUGUACAUGCAAAAGGCCUUAAACUAGGAAUUUAUUCUGAUGCCGGGGUUUUUACAUGUCAAGUUCGACCAGGGUCACUUUAUUAUGAAAAUGAUGAUGCAGAAAUGUUCGCUUCUUGGGGUGUAGAUUAUUUGAAGUAUGACAACUGUUUCAAUCUAGGCGUUAAGCCUGAAGAACGAUACCCACCAAUGCGUGAUGCUCUAAAUGGAACUGGCCGCACUAUUUUCUAUUCAAUUUGCGAAUGGGGAGUGGAUGACCCAGCCUUAUGGGCCGGCAAGGUUGGAAACAGCUGGCGAACUACUGAUGACAUUAAUGAUUCAUGGGCAAGCAUGACUACAAUUGCCGAUCUGAAUGACAAAUGGGCAGCCUAUGCGGGACCCGGUGGAUGGAAUGAUCCAGAUAUGUUGGAAGUUGGCAAUGGAGGCAUGACAUAUCAGGAGUAUCGAGCUCAUUUUAGCAUCUGGGCUUUGAUGAAGGCCCCACUUUUGAUCGGUUGUGAUGUAAGAAAUAUGACUGCAGAAACUUUUGAGAUUCUAACCAAUAAGGAGGUCAUUGCUGUUAACCAAGACCCGCUUGGGAUUCAGGGACGGAAAGUUCAUGUCACUGGAACAGAUGGUUGCCUUCAGGUUUGGGCAGGUCCUCUAUCUGGACAUCGACUAGUUGUUGCUCUUUGGAAUCGCUGUUCGAAAGUGGCCACUAUCACUGCUGGAUGGGAUGUACUUGGGCUUGAAUCCAACACCGUUGUCUCAAUUAGAGAUUUGUGGCAGGUUUCAGAUGAGUCCUUGAGAUGGUAUAUAAAGAACCCUUCCCCCUCUCGCUUCAUGCAUGCCAAAGUGAUGUCCCCAUUAAAUCCUCAGACCUUGACCCAGAAGAUUCCUUUACACCAUCCUAAAGCAGUUGUGUUUGGAAGACGCAUUCUGGUCUAAAAAAUCUUUGAUUUUCAAAAUCCUUUCUGAGCAUGUUUAUAUAUGUUCUAUCCCCCAAACCUUGGAUUGAAAGUGGGGUUUGGUCCUAGGUCUUUGGUGAGAAUUCACCAAUAAGCUAGUUGGCACCUUCAAUAUCUUUUGAGGUUUUUUACUUAUUAAAAAAAAACACAUCUUUAGAGGUUUUAAGGAUACUAACCUUUGAAAUUUAAUUCCCUAUCCUUAGAAACUAGUUUAGUACUUGGCUGCAUCGACCAUGCAUCUGCCAAACUUUGAUUUGGUCAGGGAACUUGAUUGGGGUUAGUGCAUGUUGGACAUUGGGUCAAGGUGAUUUGUUUGACUAACUUGGAACAGUUUAGGAUUUUCCGACGACAAAUUGGAACAUUUUUUUGGUCUAAGCAAAUCAAUUUAUACAACCCAUCAGGCUUACAAGCGAAGUGAAAAACCUUUAUAACCUUUCAAGUUAAUUCGAGUUUUUGAUCUUCCAAGGUAUUUUUAUGAUUAUUAUCAUGACUGCUUGCAGCAAAAAGACAUCACAGAAGAUGCAGUGUCAUCGUUCAGUGGCCGAGUGGAUGCCCACGACUGUCAGAUUUAUAUUUUCACCCCCCAGACAG